AUGCGUAUUCCCGUAGACCCGAGCACCAGCAGGCGCUUCACACCCCCCUCCACGGCCUUCCCCUGCGGUAAGAUGGGAGAGAACAGCGGGGCGCUGGGGGCCCCCGCGCCGGGCGCCCGCGCUCGGCCCGAGGUCCGCUCCGUCGUGGAUGUACUGGCCGACCACGCCGGAGAGCUGGUGCGCACCGACAGCCCCAACUUCUUGUGCUCCGUGCUGCCGUCCCACUGGAGGUGCAACAAGACGCUGCCCGUCGCCUUCAAGGUCGUAGCCCUCGGAGAUGUUCCCGAUGGGACCGUGGUGACGGUGAUGGCGGGGAACGACGAAAAUUACUCGGCGGAGCUGCGCAACGCCUCCGCCGUGAUGAAAAACCAAGUAGCAAGAUUUAACGACCUCAGAUUUGUUGGGAGAAGCGGCAGGGGAAAGAGCUUCACCCUGACCAUCACUGUGUUCACCAACCCCACCCAAGUCGCCACCUAUCACCGAGCCAUUAAAGUGACCGUAGAUGGACCCCGGGAGCCACGCAGGCACAGACAAAAGCUGGAAGACCAAGCCAAACCCUUCACCGACCGCUACGGGGAGCUGGAACGGCUGCGCCAGUCCAUGAGAGUCACCCCGACAACACCCAACCCCCGCGGAUCCCUCAGCACCCCGAGCCACUUCGGGUCCCAGGCCCAGACUCCGAUCCAAGGCACGUCAGACCUGAGCCCCUUCUCCGACCCCCGGCAGUUCGACCGCUCCUUCCCGACGCUGCCGGCGCUCACCGAGACCAGGUUCUCCGACCCGCGGAUGCAUUACCCCGGUGCCAUGUCCGCCGCCUUCCCCUACACCGCCACCCCCUCGGCCACGGGCAUCGGCGGCAUCAGCAUGACCAGCAUGCCCGCCACCACGCGCUUCCACCACACCUACCUGCCGCCCCCCUACCCCGGCUCCACGCAGAACCAGAGCGGACCCUUCCAGGCCAACCCCUCUCCCUACCAUUUGUACUACGGCACGUCCUCGGGCUCCUACCAGUUCUCCAUGGUGGCGGGCGGCGAGCGCUCGCCCACCCGCAUGCUCUCGUCCUGCACGAGCGCCUCGGCGGGGAACAACCUCAUGAACCCCGCCCUGGGCAAUCAGAACGACGGGGUGGACGCGGACGGGAGCCACAGUAACUCGCCCACCACCAUGACGACUACUGGGAGGAUGGAUGAGUCUGUCUGGAGACCCUACUGAGGGGAACUCAGCUGUGCACCAGUGUCUUUAGCUCAAUCAGCCACCUUUUGCUCCUUUUGGUAGCGACCAGAGCAAAGUGAUGCCCAAACCAAAGCCUCCCAAACCAAAAGCAAGCCAGGAUCCUCUGCAUGCAAGCACGGGCGAACAUCAAGCAAAGAUGGGCCAGGACCUACGUUGCAUUUCAAGAUGAACAUCCACGAGGCUUGAUGUGGUUCCCUUUGUGUGUCUUAAGUGUGUGGAUUGUACAUAGGGGAAAAGAAAAUAAAACAGGACACGUGGAAUCAGGUGUUUGUUACUCGCAGAACACUUCUCAGUCAUCUCACUCACACCUCUUCCCCUCACAAAGAGAGAGGAAAAGCUUCACCCUUCCUCUGCAAAAUGGUUCAGAGAAGAGAAAAGACCAGGGAGCCGCCCAAACCAUCUCUCUGCCAGUGCAUGAGGACUGAACUGAGGAAAAAAAAAGGAAAAAAAAAAAAAAGGAGGAAAAAAAAAAAAGAAAAAAAAAAAUCCCAUCUUCUCCUUCCCUCCCCACUGGUGUAGGGUCCCUGACCACCAAAGAGCUCUGGAACAACGCCAGAGCAGUCGGGUUUACGGCACAACCGCGGGGAUCGGGCACGGCGGGGCUGCGCCGGCGUCAGCCACGUGAACGGGAGCUGUGAUGUGAUUAUUAUUAUUAUUAUUGUUAAUUAUUAUUAAUUCGCUGUUGGCGACAGAGGUUGUAUUGUUCAUUUUUUUUUUGUCACUGUCGUCACUUUUCAAACAGUAACGUGGCUGAUCCCGUGCCCGACCGGCCCCUUCUCUCUAUGUUUACAUACGAGAUGUACUUUUUC